AUGGCGCCCUUAGCAGAAAAGGAGGUAGCGGAAAUAGACAAUCAGACUGAGCAAAAAGAACAGACACAUCAAAAUGAUUCAGUGAAACGUGAAGAGAAGGCACAAAAGAUGAAAGAACGUCUUUUAAAUGCUCAAGCUCAAGGGAUAGAAGAGAGAAAAGCGGGGAAUGCAAGCGCUGAUAUGAGCCCGGAGCUGAAACAAGAAAUGGAGAAGUUCUUUGUGUGGACUCCCCCUCCUCCACCAGAAACUAUGGGUGAAAAAUUGAAAAGAAAGGUUAAGCAGAAUCCCAUCGUUCCUAUAGGUUAGUGUUGUUCCGUCAAAAAUGAGAUGCUGAUACCAAUAAACGAUGCCAGGAAUCAAACGAUUAUUACAUAACAUAAACUUUGGGCCAUUCCUCUGGGGACGUUACACUUUUUAUCCGCCCCUUCCCCCCUAAAGAUGGCUGGAAUCCGAAAUCUUAAAUUUGUGUCAGCGCCCGUUGAAAAAUGAAAUCUAAAGAGUUGAUUUUUUUGUCGGCACCUUUGAAACAAUUACUUUUCUGAAGGGUCCAAGUUUUGUCGGCUUCUUUGAAGAAAAAAAUCUGAACCCCCUAUUCUAAAUCCUGGCACCCUUGAAGGAGGGAGUGGGGGAGGAGGGGGUACAGUUAAAGUAUGAUCUGUUUUCUUUAAGGAUAAAAGUCAACUUACCUCAUCAAUAAAUGGGGGGAUAUUAAGUGGAAUGCUCCUUAAUAUGAGGGAAAUUCCAUGGAAAGUUCACUCAAUAAAGAGCAAGUUCAGUAUAGCCAGCCACUUGCCAGAAAAAUAGGCACUUUUGUUAUUCAACAAGAUGUAAAUCAGGUGUGGUAUUUUGCAGUUUAGCCUGUAUUAAAUUAAAUUGAUAUUCACUAAGGGAGUUGAAACAGAAGACAGGACUAAGGAGAAUCAGUCCUGUUAUUUGUUUUAGGUGAUAGAGAGGGGGGCCAUGGGAUACUCUCUGAUAUUAGCUAUAAAGGUAAUGUGCAGUGUCAAAGAGUAUGGCUUUUGACUUCUUUCUCUCUGAGAUUGGGUAUACGUAGGGUAAGGCUUAGGGCCUUCUGGUACCAGGAUCUAGAAUUAUGUAUGCCUUAUGCACAUCUCUAGACUUGACAGAAGUCGACUCCAUGAGUAUUAAAGGCACGAGGGAUGCGAAGCAAACAAAAGCGAGUGAUGUAAGUGACCACCUAACCAGCAGAAACAGGCUUGGAUAAAGUUGAGUUCAUUUCAUGAGAGCUGAGAUUCAUGUCUAAAACAGGGAAGGGAAAAAUCACAUAUUUGGGUCUGAAAUAGGGCUAGGGUUUCAGGAAACACGUUGCACAUUACCCGCUUAAUUUUUCAGGUGUAACCACUACCCCAUGCCCCCUCCCUACCGUAAGACUAUACAUCCUGGUUUUGUCUGCCAAUUUUCAAGCAAGAAAACAGCAACAAACAAGUCUACAACAAAGAGCUUACUUGUCCUCUCCUCAGAGCUAUAUCCAAUGAGGUUGAAAGAUAUUUUUGUGACAAAGAUGGCACCCUCCCAUACUUUUGGUCCUGGGUUCCAGUCCCAGUAGAGUCAUUUUACUUUUUUUCUUUUCUUUUCCCUACACACUGGAACCUUGAUUUAACAAAAUGCCAAGGCACUGGAAAAAUUUGUUCAUUAUAUCGAACACCUGGAUUUAACGAAUUAAAAAAAAAAUAAACAGCCAAAAUGUUCAUUAUAUCGAUGUAUAGUUGAUAAUUAAUGUACAAAACCCAGCAUUCCCAGAUCUGAACAAUUACUGUAAUACCUGGUGUAAUAAAAUUUGUUAUUUAAUGCCUAUGUCACAGUACCAAGCUGUACAUGAUGUACAUAGCCAUGGCACUAGAAACUCGAGAACAGGAAACUGCUAAAAGACUACUGUACACAUUAAUUUUACCCUUGUUGUUCUGUUUGACUUUCAUCGUUUAUCGCAUUUUGACAUUUAUUUGUUAUAUGGAGGUAUACUUUUAUGAUUAUAUAUUGUGCUUCUGGAUUGUGUUUGUUAAUCCUCAUAAUUAUCGUACUGAGUUUUACGAAUAGUCUUUCACGCAAUAGCCUUUAUUUUAGCCUUAAGACAAGUUUCGUUUAUUCAAACCUCUUCAGUUUGGCCCAAACUGAAGAGGUUUGAAUAAACAAAAAGAAGUGAGGUCUCAAAGAUUCAUAUUCAUUCAAAGCAAUGUAAAGAGAUAAACUCAAAAACUGGAAUCUCAGCAAGGAAGGAAGGAGGUCAUAGAACAAAUCCUUUUCAUGGAGGGGGGUGGGGGGUGGAUAUUGUUUGGAACUAUAUAUCAGUAAGGAGUCGUAAUUCCACCAUUUUACGAUGCAGUUUCUGUCUUGAGUUUUUAAUCAGUAUUGUGUUUCUUCCAAACAGGUGCACUGGCCACUGUUGGAGCAUUGACAUAUGGGCUUUUUUCAUUCAUACGAGGUGAUACAAAGAUGCAACAGUACAUGAUGAGAGCAAGAGUUGCAGCCCAAGGAGGCACAAUUGUUGCUGUUGCCGCUGGUGUUGCGUUCAUGCUUUUUCGUGACAGUUAA